UUAGGCAUGUAAAUACGUAAACCUUGUAACCAGCUGUCAAAUGAAAGGUGUCAAAUAGGCAAAUUGUGUUUGUGCUAACAGAUGUUAAUCUUAUCUAUACGGCUUAUGGUUUCUUUCUUGGUUAGUAUUCUGUUGGCCAGCUCCUAAAAAUCUGAAUUUCAAAGCUUGGCAUAGUAAUCUUGGGAUCUGGUAGUUGAUUUGACGAACACUUACCAGCAACCAGCAAAAAGCAAAAGUAUGGAAGAUAUUGUCAGCCUCCUGGUGAAACGACACAUGAACUUGGUUGUGGAAAACAUCUUAUCUUUUCUUGACCACAACAGCUUACAAAGCUGUGAGUUUGUAUCCAAAACUUGGUAUUUGGUUAUUAGGAAUGGAAAAUUAUGGAAGCGGCUCUAUGGACGUGUAUCACAGAGGAAGCCACUUUUGCAGAAUCUUAUGAUACGCAGGGAACUUGAGGCAAAGCACGACACUGAGAAUGAUGAAUUCCUGUACAAGAGAUUAUUCUAUGCCCAACAGACCCUUGUACAGAAUUGGAGCUCAGGAAAGUACAAGACAUCCUUAAAAGCUCUGGGUGAAGUCAGUGUUUCCAUAUUUACGAUGGAUGCUCGUCGAAUUCUCUAUGGCUUGAGAACAUCUCCUUCAGUUCCUUCUUCCAUCAUGGUAUGGAAUCGCUGGACUAUGGAAUCAGAACAUUUUCUGGUGGGUCACCAAGAAUGGAUAACAGAUAUGCAGAUCUGUGGAGACCUAAUAUUCUGCUCUUACUAUGAUGGAACCAUUCUCGUGUGGGAUCUAAAAACCAAAGAAGUUGUCCAGCAGUUCCAAGAUCAAGAAGUAGUGGAUUGGGUGGUGAUCCACGCCGCACACGGUCUUCUCAUAACCUGCACUAGCAUUUUAUCUGGUCUCACGGAUCGAGAUACCUCGGUAACCAUCCGUCGAAUUCACAGCCCUACAGAAAUGGCUAUCGAAAAAACCGAAGAAAUUUCCAAUAUGAAAGUCAGUAUGCUCGUUUCGGACGAAAAUUACUUUGCCGUCGUUCUUUCUUCUUCCAGCAGGAACUGUAUCAAACUACAGUUACGCUCGCCUGUUGAUUUCCAGUGCGUUCACGAAAUCAGCAACCUCAUCUCGCACGAGGAUAGUUAUGCCUAUCACAGUGGCUGGCUAGUGACGGGAUCGUCCGAAGGAAUAAUCAAAGUUUGGAAUCCUGUAACUCAAACAUGCGUACAGACUUGGAAUUCUCAGGAGAAGAUAGAAGAUCUUCACCUCAGUUCCAAGCAUAUUGUCACGCGAAACUCGGACGGUAAAUUGUUCGCGUGGGAUCUUCCAAUAUCCGACCGUAUUAACUUACUAGAAAAACCAUCGCCAAGUUGUUUAUUUGAAAUCAAUGGUUCUGAAGAAGUCAGCAUGAUGGAUCCAUCAUUAAUUGUGGACGAGCUUCAAAUUCUCACCAUCUCGGUGAAAGACAUUCCCAAAACAGAUGCAUCAACUUCUGCGCUGACUAUCAGAGACUUUUUGAAUUAACAAUAAUCUAAUCACGCCUUUUUAGUAGUACAUCAUCAAUUAAAUGCUGCGUUUGACAUAAAGUGUUACAUUUAUUCAUAACAAAAGUUAUUUAUUGCUUACAUGCCUGAAGUUAUCGGCACUUUACAAGCCGCUUUAAAGCCUUCGCAUCCGUUUUUUGCUGUAUGCUGGUGAUAAAAUAAAUUAUCUACAUUCAAAAACUA